AUGGAGAAAGAGGGAGAAAAAGGUACAGGGACAAAAGAGAAUAUCGGUUGCAAAGACAGCAAUACCAGGACUCCAGCAAACGCAUCCUGCAUCCAUGACCAUGGCAUUGUGAGUUGGAGAAGUCUGAUGAGAAAUCUUACUAAAUCAUUUGGUCAUUUAAUGGCCAACAUGGCAGAGAGAAACGUGAAAUUGUUCUCAGGGAGGGUGGUGCCAGCUCAGGGGGAAGAAACCUUUAAAAACUGGCUGAUCCAAGUCGGUGAGGUCCUGCCCGAUUGGAAUAUGUCUGAGGAGGGAAAACUUAAGUGCUGGCUUAAAACCCUGAGGGGCCCCGCGCGAGAGGUCAUGCAUUUGCUGCAGGCUGCGAUCCGCAACCUAAGUGUGGCAGAUUUCUUGCACGCCAUGAAAUUGGUGUUUGAGGAGUCUGAAAGCAGUGUGACCUCUCAUGGUAAAUUUUUUAACACCCUGCAGGCACAAGGGGAGAAAGCCUCCCUUUAUGUGAUCCGUUUAGAGGUGCAGCUCCAGAAUGCUAUUCAGGCAGGAGUCAUAGCUCAGAAAGAUACAAACCAGACUCAACUGCAGCAGCUCCUUUUAGGGGCUGAGCUGAAUGGGGACCUGCACUUUAGGCUCAAGAAUCUUCUCAGAAUGUAUGCAAGUGAGCAGGAGUGUCUCCCCAGUUUCCUGGAGUUAAUCAGAAUGAUUAGGGAGGAAGAGGAUUGGGAUGACACUUUCAUUAAAUCGUGUAUUUUUGGUCCUGGUUCUACACAUAUCCCCAGGACCUUUCUUAUGCCCAGAACCCCCGCUGGUGGAAGGAAAUUCAUCCCAGGAAUUGCUGGGGGAAUCAAUGACCAAUACCAAGUUAAAAGGGACGUUGAUUAUCAACUUUGA